GUCUGGAUUUGUGAUAAUACAUCCUUUUCAAUUCUACAUUGCUUGCAGAGGAAGUUAACUGUCUUUUUAAUACUGUGCUGCAACUCGAAAUCAUUACUAUUACUUCGAAAUAUAAAAUUUCACAGAAGAUGCCGUAUGGUAAUAUUACUUCCGAUUUGCGGCGCCGUGUAUUGCUGUGUUGAGAUUGGCACCAGCAAUACCCUAAACAGUUGUAGUCUUUUCCAUCAGUUAAACGGCGACCAAGUCAGUAAAUGGAAAUUUUGAAAUUGAGCGCUCUCAGAUUACUAUUUAGUCAGAUAAUUUAAACAAAAUGCCGGAUGACAGGGGAAGGAAAGCCAGCAGUGUAGACCUCGAUGAACACCAGCUGCUUCUUCCACCUGCAGAAGAUUACGAAUACCAAUCGCUAUUCUACAGACACGAAGCUGUAUUUGUAAGCCCGAAAGAAACCAAACUGUACAAACGACGAUGGGCGUUUUUGAUACUCUUAGCUUCAGCAUUCUUGCUUAACGGAUUUCAAAACAUUCAAUAUUCCGGACUUCAAAGUAAUGUGGCCGUCUAUUACCAGGUCUCAGCGCAAGUAUUCGAUUUGCUCACACAAAUGUACUACUUCGCCUUUGUGGUUUGCUUCCUACCAGCAACGUGGGUGAUGAAGAACAUCGGUUUGCGGUGGAUUGCAAUAUCAGCUACAGUUGCGAUGUUAACUGGUGAAGGAUUUUGUUUUUUAUCUGCUUCUCGGAGAAGCUUCUUCUGGGCAGCAGUAGUUGGACAGCUGUUUAACGGAGUCGCACAGGUUUUCCUGAUGUCCGUACCUAUUUUAUUUUCGGUGACUUGGUUCGAGCCAAAGAUGGCCGCCACUGCCAGUUCAAUCCUCUUGCUUUGUUUCCAGCUGGGGAACGGGCUGGCGCUCGUAUUGCCUCCAAUUGCCGUACCACACUCGUCCAAUAUGGACUUCGUAGGACAACGAAUGAACUUUCUGUUUUGCGGGACAACAAUAUUUUCGUGUAUUCUCGUUCUGCUGAUAUUACUUGUAUUCCCUGAGAGGCCACCCCUCCCACCAAGCCAAUCACAAGCUGCUGUCAUCAACAGAGACGAAGAAAUGUCUUACUUGGACGAUUUAAAAAUACUGAUGAAAAACUGUGAAUUUAUUAAAAUUGUAUUUUGCUUUGGUUUAAACAGCGGUGCUUUCAACGCUAUCACAACGUUUGUUGGACCUGACAUAAUAAAAAGCCACCCGAGUGUAUCUGCAGCAACUGCGGGCGAAAUUGGUUCAAGUAUGAUAUUUGUUGGUGCCGUUGGAAUGAUUGCAUCCGGUUUUAUUCUAGAUCGAACGAAAACAUUUUUGGUUGUGGGUGUGAUCGAAACCUUAUGCUGCUUUCUUUCUUCUGUAUUCUUUGCAAUCGCCAUCAACUGUUGGAGAACUUGGACUCUAUGGCUGAUAACUGCUUUUUUAGGAUACUUCUUUUCGUCCUUCACCAACACCGGGUCCCAGAUUUCUGCCGAGCUUACCUAUCCUGUAUCAGAAAGCCACAGUACUAGUAUUAUCAUGGCAGCUGCAUCGGCUUUCAGCAUGAUCUUGAUUGCAAUAAUGCGACAAAUUUUGAAACACAUUUCGUUACUUGGGUCAAACAUAUUUUUUUCUUGUGUACUUUUCAUCGCAUUCGUUUUAAUGGUUACAGUAAACGGUGAAAUGAAGAGAACUGCAGCUGAGAGAAAGCAAUCAAAUAAUCAGUAGUUUUGCAAAUAAAAAAUAUUUUUACAGAAA